AUGACGGCGUGCAUCGCCGAGGCGGGCGGCGGCCUGCCUUGGAAUGUAUGGCAAGAGAUUCUGCUAUAUGCCGUGUACCAGGAUCCUUGUGGCGCACGUCGAGCUGCUAUCCGCCUCGCGCCCACGUGUCGAGCCUGGUUCACGCUGAUGUACUCGCGCAUCGUGCUGCCGACCCUCUACUUACACACCCCACGCCAUGCGAUUCAAUGCGCGCAGGCCCUCGCAUCGAACCAGCUGGGUCUCGGAGCGAUCGCUCAGCAAGUGACACGUGCCAUCUACAUUCGCGAUACCGAGCAACGGCCGGCGCUCUACGACGACGCGAUGCACACGCGCCGACUUGCGACUACUCUUCACCACCCUCCAAAAAUGCUGCAAGCACACAAUGGCGAUGGGCUUGACAUGUCGCAUACGCGUGCGACGCUGCAGCAGAUAACGUGCCUGCAAAGCGCCUGGGCUGGCGACGUCAAUGAUACCUUGUGGCUGCCUUGUCCUGCACCAUGGCAGGCUCUUACGCACGUCCAGCUUCACGGACCACGCUUCCGGUGUACGCCACGCGUAGCGCGUGCGUUGGCGCACUUGCCUACGCUUACGCACUUGGCCCUCGUUCUCCCGACAGUCCUUGACGAGCAAGGCGGUCGUGAUGCGCGGCCCGUGCUGCAGAUUUUGUGCACUGAAGCACAGACCUUGCAAUGCCUUCUUGUGCUGGGGCACGAUGAGCCUCAUUGGAUGGGCGCUACGCGGCAUAUUCGACCUGCGCUACCGUACCUUACUCGCCCCGCCACGCUGCCUUCGUUGCGAUGCGGUCUGAUUACUGCGAUGCGUCUUGACGACAAGGAAUGGCAGCCAGGUACACGAGCUCAUGCUUCCGUGUUUAGUGCAUGGAUGAUGCAGCGUAUGCGGCAAGGAACACAUUGGUCGUUCUUGGAUGCGCGUGAUCCGGGCAUGGACGACACCAUGGCGUACGACGUAGCAUCGUUUGUCGUGCCCCCUGCUAUAGAUACCCCUGUACAUUAG